AAUAAAUUCAGUUUCUGUGGUUUUCUUGGCUCCUAGAACAUCUGUCUUUCCCUGCUUUCUGAACCAGUCAAAGCUUCAAGCCUUCGUUCAGCAUUACACAGCUUUAUCGGGUUAGGUUGCCGUUCAAGGGCUGGGUAGGGGCUGUUGCCUCUCAUGGACAGCUGAGCCCCGCGUCACACAAGAAUUGGUGGCUGAUAUCUUAUUUUUCUUCCCUCCAGGAAGACUACUUCAGAAGCUAUGAGUGCAGAUACCGCAAAAUGCACUUCAAAUGCCUGUGAAAACCCUUUGAUAUCUGCAGAACAGCGCGAAAAGAUUGAUGAGGUUAGAAGGUUGGUUGGGACAUUCCCAGAUAAGUUGACCACAUUUUCUUCUGAUGCAUCCAUCUCAAGGUACUUAACGGUACAGAACUGGAAUGUCAAGAAGGCAACUAAAUCGAUCAAGGAAACAUUGAAAUGGCGACUGGAAUACAAACCAGAAGCGAUCAAAUGGGACGAGGUUGCUGGAGAGGCAGCAACAGGAAAAAUGUACAGGUCGAACUAUAGAGACAAGCGCGGGAGACCUGUUAUUGUCAUGAGACCAAGUCGUCAGAAUUCAAAGUUUGUUCCAGAACAAAUAAGGUACUUGGUGUAUUGCAUGGAGAAUGCCAUUUUGAAUCUGCCAGAAAAGCAGGAGGAAAUGGUUUGGCUGGUUGACUUCGGUGGUUCCAAUUCGUCCAACAUCUCAUUUAAAUCGACCCGAGAAACGGCAUACGUUCUGCAAGUCUAUUAUCCCGGGAGGCUGGGUCUUGCAAUACUAUACAACCCACCCAAGUUCUUUGAACCAUUCUGGAAGGUGGCAAAGCUCUUUUUAGAGCCCAAGACAACCAACAAAGUGAAGUUUGUUUACUCAGAGGAUCCUAAUACCCUGAAAAUAAUGGAGGAAGAAUUUGACGUGGACCUGCUGGAGUCUGCAUUUGGUGGUAAAGAUAAUGCAGAUUUUGACUUUGACAAAUAUUCUGAGAGGAUGAGAGAAGACGAUAAGAGGAUGCAGUCCCAAUGGGAAGGAGGCAAUAUUGCUUGUGAGGCACCCCAUCAACCUUAAUUCCCUCACAAGUUCUAUGAAUUCCAAGUCUUGGAAGCAAAAGAAGAUAAAUCAUCAUCUUAUUAAGGAGGUGUUUAUUUGCAUAUUUAUCCCAGGGUUAAUCUUACCGACACAAUUGAAAGAAGAUAUAAAUCAUCAUCUCAUUAAGGUGUUUAUUUCUUUUUUAUAUACUACCAUGAAUACUACCGACGCAAUUGUAAUGUGCAAUUGCAUAAAACAGGGGUGGUUUGGUAAAAGGCUAGUCUUCUUUGGUUGUCAGCUUCUGUAGUUGUUCAUAGAAUGGAAUUGUCAAAUGAACUUCAAUGGCUAUAUAUAUAUAUUUGAUCCUCUCUUACCCA